GAUGGAGCGCAGUGCAAGUUGUACACUUGAGUUGUUCACUAACGCUGAAAUAAACACGAAACAAAGCGACCCCAUGUACUCUUUGUAGAUAUCGUGUGAAUACGACGCCAGAUAUGAAGGAUGCAGCACGAGUGUUGUUAUGAAGACGAGACGCCGUAAACUCCGCCCAUCAUCAUCCUCCGUCUGAAAUCUGCUUGAGAGUCGAGGAAAACAUCGCGUUUGAAUCAUAAUUCUGAGUCAUCAGGGUGAAAUGCCAGUCAUGCCUCCUCCAGCAGACAUUGUGAAAGUGGCCAUCGAGUGGCCCGGUGCCAAUGCUCAACUCAUUGAAAUCGACCAGAAAAAAACGUUGUCAUCCAUCAUUAGAGAAGUGUGUGAUGGAUGGUCUCUGUCGGGCUCAGAGCAGUUUGCUCUGCGUAAUGCUGACGGUCAGCAGCUUUACAUCACAGAACAGAGUCGUGGUGAAAUAAAAAAUGGGACCAUACUUCGAUUAGCCAUCUCUCCAAUGCGCGCUGCUCGACAGCUCCUGGAAAGAAUGCAGUCUCAUGGCAUUGAUGCCCGUCUGGAGGCUUUGAAGGAACUGGCGAAACUCUCAGCUGACCCGACGUUUGCCACUGAAUUCAUUAACAUGGAAGGCCUGGGAACACUGGCACGACUGGUGGAGAGCGGCACACAUUUUGGAGAGACGUUGGCCUUUACUCUCACUGCAUUUCUCGAGCUGAUGGAUCAUGGCAUUGUAUCCUGGGAUCUCGUAUCUGUUUCCUUCAUCAAGCAGAUUACAGGUUACGUGAAUCAGCCCAUGGUGGAUGUGUCCAUUCUGCAGCGCUCGCUGGCCAUUCUGGAGAGUAUGGUGCUGAACAGUCACAGUCUGUACCAGCGUGUGGCUCAGGAGAUCACUGUGGGACAACUCAUCUCACACCUGCAAGUCUCUAACCAAGAGAUUCAGACGUAUGCCAUCGCUCUGAUCAAUGCUCUGUUCCUUAAGACACCAGAAGACAGACGACAGGAGAUGGCGAGUACACUUGCACAGAAACAUCUGCGUGCCAUCAUACUUAAUCACAUCAUCCGUGGGAAUCGGCCAGUGAAAGCCGAGAUGGCCCAUCAACUCUAUGUGCUCCAGGUCUUAACCUUCAAUCUUCUGGAGGAACGCAUGAUGACCAAAUUGGAUCCCAAUGACCAGGCACAGAGAGAUUUCAUCUUUGAACUGCGCAGAAUAGCAUUUGAUGGAGACAAUGAUCCCAGCGCGAUAGAGAAGAGGAAAGCCAUCUACACCAAAGACUACAAGAUGCUGGGCUUCACUAAUGCUGGGAAUCCUGCGCUGGAUUUUACUCAGACUCCUCCAGGAAUGCUGGCGCUGGAUAACAUGCUGUACCUCGCCAAACUCCAUCAGGACACUUACAUCAGACUUGUCCUAGAGAACAGCAGUCGUGAAGACAAACACGAGUGUCCAUUUGCUCGCUGUGCUAUAGAGCUGACACGCAUGUUGUGUGAGAUUCUACAGGUCGGAGAGCUGCCGAAUGAAGGAUGUAAUGACUAUCAUCCCAUGUUUUUCACCCAUGAGCGUGCUUGGGAGGAAUUCUUCUGCGUCUGCAUGCAGCUGAUCAAUAAAACAUGGAAAGAGAUGAGAGCUACUACCGAGGAUUUCAACAAGGUGAUGACGGUGGUGAGAGAGCAGAUGAGUAGAGCUCUGGCCAUGAAGCCAUCAUCUCUGGAGCAGAUGCGAGUGAAACUGCGCAGUCUGAGUUAUGCUGAGAUUCUGCGACUGCGUCAGUCAGAGAGAAUGAGUCAGGAUGACUUCCAGUCUCCACCCAUAAUAGAGCUUCGUGAGAGAAUCCAGCCUGAGAUUCUGGAACUGAUUAAACAGCAGCGACUCAAUCGCCUGUGUGAGGGCAGCGGCUUCCGGAAACUGGGCAACAGACGCAGACAAGAGAAGUUUUGGUUCUGCCGUCUGUCACUGAAUCACAAGAUUCUUCACUAUGGAGAUCUGGAUGAGUCUCCUCAGGGUGAAGUUCCUUUUGAAAUGCUCAUGGAUAAAAUCGCUGUGUCUGACAUUAAAGCAGUACUGACAGGGAAAGAUUGUCCUCACAUGAAGGAGAAGAGUGCACUCAAACAGAACAAGGAAGUGUUGGAGUUGGCAUUCUCAAUUCUCUAUGAUCCAGAUGAAGCUCUCAACUUUGUGGCACCCAACAAAUAUGAGUAUUGCAUCUGGACGGACGGACUCUCUGCACUUUUGGGGAAGGAGUUGGGCAGUGACCUGACACGAAGUGACCUUGACACAUUAAUGAGCAUGGAAAUGAAACUCCGCCUCCUUGAUUUAGAAAACAUUACCAUCCCUGAGGCUCCACCCCCAGUGCCAAAAGAACCUAGCACGUAUAAUUUCACCUAUAACUAUGGAUGAGAAGUCUGUUUACUCUGUGUUUGCAUUUGCUGGUGUGUGUUCCUCAUUUUAAAGGUGAUGUGUGUCAUUUUUUGGAUGCUACAAUACUUUCUUGUACUAAACUACUAGAUUAUAAAGUAUAAUCUGCCACUGGCAGGUUAACUUUUUCCAUGCAAUGUUUCACUGGUUUGUUUGAACAGUGUUUCAACUUUUGGCUCAGCCAGUAGAGCGAAUAUUGGCUCAGGUGGAGGGGAAAAAAGAGCGGAGUUUAGCAAUUCGGUUUACAUUUACAUUUAGUCAUUUAGCAGAUGCUUUUAUCCAAAGCGACUUACAGAUGAGGGAAACAAUAGAAGCAAUUGGAACAACACAAGGACAACAAAAAGCAUACGUGCAAUAAAAAACUGGUCUCAUAUAGCCUACCACAGUAUACAGAGCUAAGUUUUUUUUUAAAGAAUAGAAAGAGUAGAAAAGAGAUAGAAGUCAGAACUGAUCGGUCAGGUGCUGACAGAAGAGAUGUGUUUUCAGACAUUUUUUAAAGAUGGCUACAGAAUCUGCUGAUCUUGUAGCAGCAGGCAGAUCAUUCCACAAAUGUGGAACCGAUCCAGAGAAGGUACAUGAGAGAGAUUUUUACCUUUUUUGGGAUGGCACUACAAGACGUCGUUCGUUUGCAGAGCGUAGGGAUCUGGCGGGUACAUAGGUCAUGGUUUAUUGCUGCCAAAAAUGACACAAUGCAUCUUUAAGAUAGAGUUCGUGUACAGAUUUCUAUUUACUAGCAUUAAUUCUGUUCCCUGUUUAAAAGUGGCAAGACAUCUGCAUUUGCACUGUUAGGGUGAAAACUUUAACCAUAAGAAUGACAACAUUUGUAUGCUUCACUAACCUGCCUGCAGAUGACUAACAUGUACUGACAUUUGCUAUUGUCAAAAGAUCUAUUUUUGUAUUUUAUGUGAAAGACACUAUACAGUACAUUCAGGGGGGUUUCACACUUGGUUUGAUUCUCUAGUCCGAACCCUUGUUCGAUUGCCCCUGCUGCACUGCAUUCAUAUUGUUUUAUUUGGGUCUGAAUCGUGGUUCGUUUGCAUAACAUUGCUUUCUACACUUUAAUAUAUUCAUGUUCUUGAACCGUUGGUUUUAUUUUCAGAGCAUUAGUACAUAACGCCACUUAUGUCUGUCUUACAAAUGUCCUGCAAAUGCUCUUAAGAAUGCCGAAAUGAGAUAUAUGCGCAUCAGUCUCGCUCGUCCGGAAAGUCAGUGAAACACAAACACAUUUUUAUCAAAUAAUACGUCAUUAAUAGUGGUUCAUUUUUGCGAUUUGGUACGAUUGUGUUCAUAUCAGCAGCGAAUUGUACCGGAGUACACAUGAACUGGACCCCAGACCACCCUUUUUAAGCAGACUCGGGUUCGGUUUGUGGGUGCGCACCUGAGUUCGCAAGACAGCGUUCACAUCAUCCAAACGAAACAAACUCGGGUGCGCACCUAAAGGGCUAUUCUGAAACUGCCCUAAGAAACAGUGUUGCUGAAUUCUGACUCUUUGUUGAUGUCUAACAGAUUCAACUAAAUUCAUUACUAUAAGUUCAGAUGUCAAAAUUAGUAAAGACUGCACACACUGUCUCUCUCCUUACUGUCCUUUACUUAAACUGUCUUUAAUAAUAGCCAUAUGAUUCAGUAUCAUUGUGUUAUUCAAGCGAUUUACACUUGAUGUUUUCUGCCUGUGGUAGCUUUUAUAUCGCUUUUCAUCAAUAUUAAAAUAAAGGCAAAAGAUACAUGCUCUAGAUGGAUUACUGACAGAGGUGUAAAGAUGUGUUUCAUGAUAACUCUUACUACAGUAAGACUGUAGUUUUUUCUUUACUGUUGCUAGUGGUCAAGUGUCAAAAGAGUCUUCAGUGCCUUCAGAAAGUAUUCUGUUCUUAGUUCUCAAUGUGGCGAAGAAUAAAAGAAGAUUCUUUUUUUUGUUUUAGAUUUAUAAAUGUGUUCAAUUUAAAAAGAUCAUAGUAUUUAAGUGUAACGUUACAAAAUACUAUCUUAACUGUAUAUAGUGUGUUGCAUAACAGUGAUUGUAAUAAAUUGGUGUGCAUUAAUAAAAUGUUUUA